UCUCCAUCACAGGUACGAAAACCCUCUACCUCAGGUAGGAAAACCGUGUACACAACCACCCUAUAUUAUUUCAAGUGACGUACAGUCCAAUCUCUGUGUCAUUUCUUCCCAGUUCAGAUACCCCCUGGCUAAUAAUUGCCAUGCCAUACAAUAGCAUAUAGAAAACUAAGUAUGAUAAAAAAAAAAAAAAAAAAAAAAACCUUGAAAACUUAAGGAAGGACUGGAAAGAUUUUAGGCUGACAUUAGUUAACAUCCAUGUAGAAAACUAACUAGAAAAAAAAAAAACGCUUGUAAAUGGGAGUUAGAUAAGAACAGGAGAGAAAAUGAGGCUGAUAUUAGUGCACGUCCAUGUAGUAAGCUACAGUAACUAAGUAGGGGGGGAACGCUUGUAAAUGGGAGUUAGUUAGAUAAGAACAGGAGAGAUAUAAAGCUGAUAUUAGUGCACGUCCAUGUAGGAAACUAACGCUUGUAAAUGGGAGUUAGUUAGAUAAGAACAGGAAAGAUAUGAGGCUGAUAUUAGUGACCCCUCCCAGCAGUACAGCAGCACUUAAGGCUGAGCCGCUCUGCCUCCCGCCACUCUUCUCUCCCAGAGCCCAAAACAACACACCACUCAUUCUCCACCUCACAAAACAUGGCCACUGCUGGAAAGGUGAUAAAGUGUCGUGCUGCGGUGGCAUGGAAGCCUAACACUCCUCUUGUGAUGGAGGAGAUUGAAGUGGCCCCACCCCAGGAAAACGAAAUACGAAUCAAGGUGAUCGCCACAGGUGUGUGUCACACUGACCUGUACCACCUGUUCGAGGGGCAGCACGAGGAGGGCUUUCCUGCUGUGCUGGGCCACGAGGGGGCCGGGAUCGUGGAGAGCGUGGGCCCGGGCGUCACAGACUUUAAACCAGGUGACAAAGUCAUCCCUCUGUUCAUCUCCCAGUGUGGGGACUGUGUGUAUUGCAAAUGUCCAAAAACCAACUUGUGUGAACGCAGCUGGACGAGUGUGCGAUACGGCAUCAUGUCGGAGGCGGACUCCCGGUUCAGCUGCAGAGGGCGAGUAAUUCUGCAGUUCAUGGGCACCAGCACGUUCUCCGAGUACACGGUGCUCAACCAGAUAGCGGUGGCAAAGAUCAGCGAUGACGCCCGACUGGACAGAGUGUGCCUGCUGGGCUGCGGCAUCUCAACGGGGUACGGAGCCGCCAUUAACACUGCCCAGGUUACUCCAGGAUCCGUGUGUGCCGUAUUUGGUCUUGGUGCAGUGGGCCUGGCCGCGGUCAUGGGCUGUAGAAAUGCUGGAGCGACCAGAAUCAUUGCGGUGGACAUCAACGAGGACAAGUUUGCUAAGGCCCGGGCACUGGGAGCCACUGAUUUUGUGAAUCCAAAGAAGCACUCAAAACCCGUCAGUGAAGUCCUGUCGGACAUGACCAAUGGAGGGGUGGACUUCUCCUUGGAGUGUGUGGGCAAUGUGGCAGUUAUGCGCAGCGCUCUGGAGUCGUGUGCCAAGGGCUGGGGGGUGAGCGUGGUGGUGGGCUGGACCGACAUGGCCGACUUCUCUGCGCGGCCCAUUCAGCUCAUCGCUGGGAAGACCUGGAAGGGCUCGCUCUUCGGAGGGUUCAAAAGUAAGGACUCAGUUCCAAAACUUGUUCUUGACUACAAGUCUGGGAAGAUCAAUCUGGAUGAGUUUGUGACCCACAACAUGCCGUUGGAAAAAGUCAACGACGCCAUUGAGCUCAUGAAAACAGGAGGAUGCAUUCGCACCAUCUUGGACGUGUUGCCAAAGUAGAGGGUCAAUGGCCAGAUGGAUACAACUCCCCUGUGAUCCGCCAGGCAAACUGCCAGACAAAAAAAUGUACGCAAAUAUGACUACAUUCAAUGUUUAGGUCUGGCCCAUCAAAGCCUGCAAAUAAAUAUAAUCACUCAUGAUACCUUCUAGUAGUAAAACUUACUAUACUAAGUAAAUCAUAAUUCACAGUUGACAGUGAUCAUGGAUGAAGUAUAAAUCCUAUUCCCUGUAUUCUAAUUCACAGUUCACAGUGAAUUGACUAAUCAUGAACUAUAUAAAUCGUAUAUAUUCACUGUAUUCUAAUUCAUAGUUCACAGUUGCAUACAGAAUUGACUGAUCAUGAACUAUAUACAGUAAAUCUUAUAUAUUCUCUGUAUUCUAAUUCACAUUGCACAAUGUACGUGCUGACUUCAGAGUUCACUUUUAAGCAGCCCACAGCGCUCCAACUGUAUUUGCUAUUAGUAACAUUUGAACACAACCGUAAUAAAUUACUCUCCCAGUA